UCAGUGUCAAAAAUGACACUGGCUUUGUUUAAUAACGUCCUGCUAUUUACAUUUUGUCACCAAUUAAUAAAUAUUUGAGCAUCGUAAAUAAAAAGUAGGUGCAUUGUCUCUUCACUUCCGAUCGAUAAUUUAUAAUUUCUGCUGUUGCCGCUUCCUGCAUCGUGUUGCAUCUCAAAAAUCAAAAGAUGGCUCGUUCUCGUCCCGGUAUGUGUAACGCACGCCGGCGCGUCACUGUGGAUCAGCUGCGCGUACUCUUCGAGUCGGUGGAAGAAGACCCAGUCCUGUACAGUUCUGGCCGGGCCGACAUGUCCUUUGCCACCGUUCAAAAAUGGACGAGUCUCUCCGAAGUCCUGAACGACAUGCCUGAAGGCGCUGCUCUUACUGCUAUGAAUUGGAAAAUGGUGCUUCGCUACUGGGGUGAGAAUACAAAGAGGCGUAUGAAGACCGGCAAAACAAAUUAUGUGAAGAGCAAGAGAGCUGCCUUCCUCUCUCACGGCGAACUAGAGGUCUUACAAGGCUUGGAGAAGAGGCUGUACGAGUUCAUGAAGCAGGAGGAGGCCAAGGAGGUUAUCAACCUGCACGAUCGUGUCUUCAACAUGGAUGCUUACGAGAUUCGUCCGAGAAGGAGCGCUCGCAUCUCCAACCGUUCCGUUGUCACUGACGAGGAUCUCGACUCCGGCAUGGCGAUGCAAAUACAUUAUGACACCGCUGUAACUCUUCACGAGAGGCAGCUUGAUUUCAUAGCCAAUGAGGAUAAUGAGGACUUAGCUUCAGCUCCUCAGCAGCAGAUCUUGGCCCGUCAGCUGGAUCGUCUGCAGAACGUGUCCCGUGAGCUGGAGGACCACAUCGCUACCGUGCAGAACCGGAUCCAUCUCAUCAAGGACAUGUGGAUGCACAACUGUGAUCAGAGGCACUAAGUCGGAUGGGUGGCAUGUAACGGAGUGAUCAGGGUUGUAUAGGAAAGAACGAAAAGUGAUAUAGGCUACACAUUGAAUGAAUGGCAUGGAAUGCUUCACUAAGGAAUGAAUGAGGUGGAAAGAUUUUCACAGGGGCGAUUGCCAAAUUUACUCGUAAUGUAAUAAAAUUUACAAUAUUUUUGAAUGUCGUGUCGUAGUAGAAAGUCUUACAGUAAUUGAAUAUGUCUAAGACGAUUAGAUCGUAAGUUUUUUAAAUCGAUUUUGUAUUAAACUUUUAUUUAAACGAAAAAGGCAAAGGCAAAGAGCCGUCUGCCUUCCGCUUUCUUUUUUAUAAACUCAUACAAAGAUAUUAAGUAUCUUUCCAACCUUUUCGGCCAGACUAUACGAAAAUUCUGUGAUAUUAUUUUUAUUAUUUUUGAAAUAUGUUUUUUAUGAUUAAUUUAUACACGAUCAUACCUAAAUAUUAGUUGUUAUUGAAAUCAUUAUUUAUAUCUAAGUGUUGGUAGUUUAAGAAGUAAACUUCUUUCAUAUCUACAGACAUUGCAUCGUUGCUAAAGGAUGAAAGGUUUAGAACUUCAGCCACUUACAAAGUGAAGCUAAAUGGGCAAAAAAGUAGCUACCUACAAUUGAAUGAGAACUUCUAUGUUUGUAAACGAUACAGGAGAAAAUCCUAGUGUGGGGCAAUGUUUAAAAAAAGUAAAUAUUAAAAAAUAAGUAAAGUAAUUCGCAUCUGUUGAUAUAAAGGGAGUUUCAUCCGUAUUUGUA